GUUCAGUGUGUCAACAACAUCCGAAUCAGUCGCGUUAAUCAUAUAGGAGAUGACAGCGAUAAAUCGUGACAAAAGCAUAUAGGCAUAUUUCUGACAUCUUGGAUAUGAUUCCUGACACCCAACCAGGCACUCUGAGCCUGACGCUGAAGAUUGGGGCUCAGGAAAAGUACCUUAAAUACCGGACAAACAUCGUUGAAGGCAUAUUAAAGGAAACUGAGUUUAAGAAUUUGAAAUUGGCAGCAUUAAAUACACUCGGGGCAUUCAAAUUUCACCAAGGAGAGUUUCUGGAGGCUUCAGGCUAUUUUCAACGAGUUUUAGACGAAGAUCCUGGGAAUAUUAACGCGCGGGCAAAUUUGCAUCACGUACACCUCUCUUUAAAAAGUCCAAGCGGUCGGCAAUUCGAUGACCAUCUGAAAAAGGCCAAUGAUGCGGGCGGCACGGAGGAAGAUAUGGCAAGACGUCUGGCUCGGUGCUUGGCUGAACAGGCUUUUGCAGUACGUGGAACGUGUGCCGCCACCUUUGCCGACACCGACGGGUUUUUCAGAUCAAAUGAACUCUAUUCCAGAGCACUGUCCUUAGUUGAGGAUCUGCCUUUUGAAAGGGAGUUUGGUGGCUGGAAGAUUCUCAUGAUAACAAAUCUCAGAAAUAUUUGUCGAAAUUGGGAUCGUCUUGAGCAAACGUCUCAAACAAUUAAAGAAUAUUACCAAGAGGCCGUGGAUCUCACUUGUAGUCUCUACGAAACCGUUCGUGGGAAAAAGGAAUAUGCGUUAUUGGAAGGUCAUGCGUUGGUUCAUCUCGGAUAUUUUUUGUCAAAGAAGUUCAGAAACAUUGAUAACAGUCAGUGGAAUUUGAAAUCAAAGCUACAAGCAAAAGACACCAAUCUUUCUUGGGAGUAUGAAGAUCAUCUGGAAUGCUUCAAACGAGCAAUGACCUUGGCACCAAGUAGCACCAAGGUCAUAAACAUGUAUGCAAGAUCAAUGAGUUUGUAUCUGAAUGGAGACAUGCAUACCUCAUUGGAACUUCUUGAGCAGUCAAUCGGCAUUGAUCCAUCUCCGGUCAACUGGUUUGCAAGGUUCGAGCGAGCAGACAUUCGCAGAAGGCAGUACCUAGCAGACAAGCGGGCAUGGGAAGACAGCGGCUCUGUGCCUGACCGGGGCCUGCUUCUCAAAGCUGUGGAGGACUACCUGUUCAUCAUCAAAUGCACCCCGUGUCCAUAUUAUACAUGUGAACUGGCUAUGGUGUAUUGUGAAAUUGCAAUGAACUACAAACAGACUGAAGAAACUCAGGCCAAUGAAUACACCAUGAAAUCCCUGGAGUGUUUUCAGCAGGCUCUGUUUACCCUAGACGGGCGUCAACUUCCACAUAUCCACUAUUUCCACGGACUCUGCUUGAAAAAUUUCGGAGAGUUAAGGUACGCCAUCGAAGCCUUCAAGCGCUCUGUGGAGUCUCACAGCAAAGGUAGCAAGAAGACAGGUUGUCUGGAACACCUUCUUGACAGUCUGUGCAAGGAGUACAUCCACAACGGCGACCGGGAUCAGUCUCACUCCAUCCUCUCUGAAAUGACCUUCUGGGUAAUAUUUGCUUUCGACAAAUACGACGCAGAGAGACUUAAGCUGGCUUUAGAGGCCUGCGCUAUAAAGGAACCGCUUGCAUUUACUGAUAUGACUAUCAAUAUCGCAAUAGCAGAGAAGGCAUUUUCUGUUGGAGAAAUAUGUUCAGAUAUAUGUCUGAGACUCGGAAAGGCCACGAGCGCUAGUUAUUAUGCGCAGCGGAUGAGGGAAACCUGUUCUGUCAUGAAGGAUUCGCAACAGUUCGUUCUGUCGACCAGGGCGCCCACGGCCAGAAAUAAAUGCGGGUUCAAGUAUGACUUUGUUAUCAUCUACAGCGAUGGCGACAGGCCUUGGGUCCUGUAUUCACUUCUGCUCAAACUUGAGCAAGAGUUUAGUUUCAAGGGAUUUGUGGAUGACCGUGAUGCUAUUCCUGGCAAAUCCCAUUUGCAUAAUUUUGAGUAUGCGCUUGAGAACAGUUACAAGGCCCUGCUGAUCUUGAGUCCCGACUUCCUUGACAACGCCUGGUGUAAUCAUGAAAUGCAGACGGCCAUCACCAGGAUGUUGAACCAGAAACAGAGCAACACGGUUCUCCCAAUAAAGAUCAAGGAAUGCGAGACUCCAGACACAUUGAAUUGUAUCAAGCCGUUUCAAGCCUUUGACAGUGUACAGUGGGAAAGACUGCUUGAGGCGAUACAGUGACUUCCAAUGUAGGCGACAGUUUGAUACAACACCCAGACACUGUUUUCGUGAUCCACACACCCCUAUGUAUUAUGUGUUCUCAGAUUUUCAUUGAAACAAGGGGUUGAUGCGGAUGACUUUGAUGGUUGUAGUUUCUCCGGUACAGAACACUUCUACAUUCGCAUUCUUGUAGAAGAAGGCUUGACCCAGAAUGAUACUAAUGGCCACGAAUAACAGAAAUGAAGGAACAGAAAUACUCACUCUUUUGAUGUACAGCGAUUGGAUUACAAGACUUAAUGGGCAAUGUUUGAAAUGUCCGUGUGCGGGAAGAGCUUUUCGGGUUAUGGUGACUGGUAUUUUCAGAAUUUAUCAAGGGAACUUACAAACAAAUUUGGAAGUUGAGAAUUUCUGGAAUGUUGACGUUAAAAGCACAGUUAUAUUUAAACAGAAAUGCCUUUGCUGCAACAGAUAUUGUUUUGAUGAACUUACUGGGUGUGUAGAUCUAUAGCCCAGAAUGACCAGAUGACCGGUAGGGUUGUAAAAGGGGAUAAAAGCAUUAUCCCAGGAUGUUGUUCCGUGUAUACUCAUGAAAAUCUAGUUGCUACAAAAUAUUUUAACGGAUUCGGGGUUUACUUGAUAGGUAGCUCACACACUCAUAAGCGAAAGGUCAUCUUGGGAUCAUGGGUUGGCCAGUCGUCUGAGGCACCGCAAUUCCCUGUGCAGAGCUGAGGUCCCCCGCGUGAGUCGCUAUACGGCUGAAAUAUAGCCGAUGCGACGUUAAAUUUUCACUCUCACCCGCCGCGUGGAGGACACACAUGAUUGUGGGUUCGAGUAUUAAUGCCCGAUCUGCCGAGAUUAUGUUCCUUCGAGUUUUCCUCCCACAUCAAGCUGACACGCAGUGAUAUAAGUGAAAGACAUGAUCUAAGUUGCCUUUAACCAAACUCUUCAACGUUCACGUGUUUAUACAUAACAUAACGACCACAUACUGCAGUGUAAUUAUCGUUUAUUUAACAAUUCCUAAACAUACCUAAAUAUUUCGAAUAAACACAUAUUAACAAUAUACCAAGAUCUUACUUUUACACAGAUUAACAAUAUUCCCAAAUCUUACUUUCACACAAAUUAACAAUGUACCCAGAUCUUACUUUUACACAAAUUAACAAUAUUUCCAAAUCUUACUUUUACACACAUUAACAAUACACCCAAAUCUUAAUUUUACACAUAUUAAUAAUAUACCCAGAUAUUACUUUUACACAAAUUAACAAUAUACCAAAAUCUUACUGAAUAAAUAUUUGCACAUUAUUUAGUUGGUACAGAAAAUCAAGAAAUUAUCGCUACGUUCCACAAAAUCAAAAGUGUACAAUUCGCCAUGAUGAGAAUUCAUGAUAUAAAAAGUGUGUGAAAUGGGAAAGAUCUGACAGUAUUUGUGAAGAAAACUCAUGACAAAUGCAAAAAACAUCCGUGGUGAACACCUUUUUUUUACAAUCAUAUUUAUAUCACCUGGCAUGCAACACAAUUUAAUAAAAUGUGACUGGAUAUUAUUUCUCCAAAAUGAUAAGCUAUAUAUUUUUAAAAGCAAAUAUUACAUAAAACAAUUAUUUUGGAAAGUACCGUGUGUAGAGGUCAGGUGUUCAGGUGUGUUGAUCAUCUCCAAAAAUCAAAACAUAAUCAACAGUAGAUUUAGGCUGGGGUGGAGGAGGUUGGUUUCAUUGCUUUUCAUGAUUAUACACAAAUAGUUUCAUCUAUUAAUUCAUGAUUACACAUCACACAAAUAAUUCAAUAC